CCGCCCGCCUUCCGACGGGGGUGCGGCUCCAGGAAACGGCGCGCUCGCCGCUCAGCGCUCCAGCGACCCGACGCGCCCCGGACAACCCGCCGACUCAGCCGGACCACCCGGCGGGCCCCAGCGGCCUCCCCGGGGAGAUCGGCCCCGGGUCCGAGCCUCGGACAUCUCCGACGGACGGGACGGGCGGCUCGGAUAGCAGCCCCGGAGGCCAUGGGGACCCAGGGCCGGCCAGCGGUCUCGGGCCAGCGGGAGCCCAGAGUCUGAGGAUCCGGCGGCGGGGGCGGCGGGGGCCAUGACCUCGGUGUGGAAGCGCCUGCAGCGCGUGGGCAAGCGGGCCGCCAAGUUCCAGUUUGUGGCCUGUUACCACGAGCUGGUGGUGGAGUGCACCAAGAAAUGGCAACCGGAUAAGCUGGUGGUGGUAUGGACCCGGCGGAACAGACGCAUCUGCUCCAAGGCCCACAGCUGGCAGCCAGGCAUCCAGAACCCAUACCGGGGCACCGUGGUGUGGAUGGUGCCAGAGAAUGUGGACAUCUCUGUGACCCUAUACAGGGACCCUCACGUGGACCAGUACGAGGCCAAAGAGUGGACGUUUAUUAUUGAGAAUGAAUCCAAGGGGCAGCGGAAGGUGCUGGCCACCGCAGAGGUGGACCUGGCCCGCCACGCGGGGCCCGUGCCUGCCCCAGUCCCCCUGCGGCUGCGGCUGAAGCCCAAGUCGGUGAAGGUGGUGCACGCGGAGCUGAGCCUCACUCUCUCGGGGGUUCUGCUGCGCGAGGGCCGUGCCACGGACGAUGAUAUGCAGAGUCUCGCGAGCCUCAUGAGCGUGAAGCCUAGUGACGUGGGCAACCUGGACGACUUCGCUGAGAGUGACGAGGAGGAGGCCAAUGGUCCAGGUGCCCCUGAGGCACGGGCUCGUGUCCCCCAGCCAGGCCGGGGCGGUGCCCUGAGGCUGGGGCGUUUCCCAGAUCCCCCUCGGGAGCUGAAGACACUUUGUGAGGAGGAGGAGGAGGGCCGGGCCCAGCACCAGCAGGCAGCUGCCAACCCCUCUAGUGUGGAGAAUACCAGCCCGGCCCCUGUGAGUGCCCCUGCGCCCCCAGCCAGGACCUCCCAGGGCCAGGGGUCUGAAAGAGCUACUGUAGCAGGGGGCCAGGUGGGCCUCAAGGCCCCAAGGCCCCCGGGAACCCCACCAGAGAAGAGGUCUUCAAGACAGCCAGGCCAGGAGGUGGCCCCCACCCCAGCCCCUCGGCUCCGGAAAGGCUCUGAUGCCCCCUGGCCCCUAGUCCCCCAAGGGGAAGAUGAGGCUCCCAAAGCCUCAGGGGAUCCCCCGGCAGGAGUGCGUUCUUCUGGGCAGGCCCGGGCCCAGGAAAGCCCGCAGGAAGGGACAGAGGCUCAGGGAGCCAGGCUGGCCCCAGGCAUUGAGGGUGGAGGCUCCAGAGACUCUUUGGGGGGGCAGAAACCUAAGGUUAAGGGGAGGAGCGCUGGGGAUAGGCGGGGGGCUGGGGGGACGGACACUGAGCAGGAGUCAGGAGUCAGAGAGGUGAACACUAAGAGGUCAGACGUCAGAGCCGGGGAGGCUGAAGAGAGUUUAGAAGGGAGUCAAGUGGAUGCUGAGCAGAUGUCAAAGGUGAGACAUGUGGACACUGAGGGACCAGAGGCUGUAGGGGUGAUGUCUGAGGCAAGAUUCAAGGGGACUCCCGAGGCUCCUCCAAGGGGCUCUCAGGGGAAGACAGGGGUCAGGACCAGGGAUGAGGCUCCCACAGUCCUGAGCCCACCCCCAGCAGACCCUGCAGGGCACACCAGGCAUCUCGGUGACCUCAGUGGGGCCAGGGCUGCUGCAGGCCAGGAGAGAGAGGGUGCAGAGGUGAGAGGCAGAGCCCCUGGUGUUGGGGGGACAGGCCUGGAGCAGGGUCCCCCUGUUGGAGCAGCAAGCACCAGGCCCCAGGUGAGCGGGUACCAGGGAGCCCCGCCAGCAACUGGCCAGGGGGUGAUGUCUAGGGAUCUGGGGGUCUGGGAGGCAGAGACUCGGGAUUCAAGGGUCCUGGGAACAGAGACGGGGGUGGCAGAGUCAGAGGUACUGGGGACCCAGGAGACCGAAGUGGAGGGAUCAGGGUUCCCAGAGAUAGAGAUGGGGACAGCAGAAGCCAAGGCGUUGGGGGCCCAGGAGACACAGAUCGUGAGAUCAGGGGUCCUAGAGUCGGAGGCUGCUGGGAUGGCAGAGUCUGAGGAACUGGGAGCCCAGAAAACAGAGGCUGAGGGUUCAGGGUUUCUGGGGACAAAGACUAGGAAUGCAGAGACUGAGAUAGUGGGGACCCAGGAGAUAGCUGGUGGUUCAGGGAUACUGAGGAUAGAAGCUGAGAUAGCAGAAUGUGAAAUGUUGGGGGCCCAGGAGACAGAGGUGGGAGGUUCCCGGAUGCCAGAGAUAGAAGCUGGGACGGCAGAGGCUGAGAUAUUGGAAACCCAAGAGGCUGAGGUGGGGGGUUCCGGGAUAAAAUCUGAGAUAGCAGGGACCCGGGAAACAGAGGUAGGGGGCUCAGGGAUCCCAGGGUUUGAGACUGAGACAGCAGCAGCUGAGAUACCGGGGACCCAGGAGAUAGAAGCUGGGGGUUCAGGGGUUCCCAGGAUAGAAAAUCAGAUAGCAGGAGCCCUGGAGACAGAGGUGGGGGAUUCAAGGGUUUCAGGGCCAGGAGUUGGAAGGGCAGAGGCUGAGGGACUGGGGACUCAACAGACAGAAACGACAGUUUUAGAGGCUGAGAAGGACAAGGCUAAGACUUUGGGGGUCCAGGAGGCAGAGACUGGGCUCUGGGAGACUCUCCAAUAUGAAGCUUUGCAGGAUUCCAUCACGAAGCGUGGAGUUUUAGGGCCCCGGGGAGCAGAGGCAGAGACCACAGUUUUGAGGGCCCAGGAGGCAGAAGCUGAGGUGCUGGGAGUUGCAGAGGCCAAGUCUGGGGCUUGGGGGGCCCAGGAAGCAGAGACGGAGAUUUUAGGGCCUCCAGAGAACGAAUCUGGUAUUUUUGAGGCCGAGGAAGCAGAGGCCGGGUUCUCAGGGACUGAGCAGGGACAAGAGGCUGAGGGAAACCUCCCGGAGGCCAGCCUGAUUGAGGUGCAGGUGGCCAGCGGGGCAGGGGCUGGGGUGCCCAAGCCCUCGGGGGCCUCUUCCCCAGAGGAGCCUGAAGAGGACGGGAGGCUGCCAGGCAGCCAGGCACCACGUGCUCUGGUCAGCUCCAGUCAAUCCCUGCUGGAGUGGUGCCAGGAAGUCACCGCUGGCUACCGUGGUGUCCGAGUCACCAACUUCACUACAUCUUGGCGCAACGGCUUGGCCUUCUGUGCCAUCCUACACCGAUUCUACCCAGACAAGAUCGACUACGCCUCCCUGGACCCACUCAACAUCAAGCAGAACAACAAGCAGGCCUUCGAUGGCUUCGCGGCUCUGGGCGUGUCGCGGCUGCUGGAGCCGGCGGACAUGGUGCUGCUGUCGGUGCCUGACAAGCUCAUCGUCAUGACGUACCUGUGCCAGAUCCGCGCCUUCUGCACCGGGCAGGAGUUGCAGCUGGUGCAGCUGGAGGGCGGCGGCGGCGCUGGCACGUACCGCGUGGCCAGCGCCCAGCCCAGCCCGCCCGACGGCCUGGACGCCGGGGGCCUGGCGCAGCGGCUGCGCGAGCACCGGGCCGAGGCGCCGGAGGAGCCCAAGGGGCCCAAGGCGCCGGAGGAGCCCAAGGGGCCCAAGGGGCCCAAGGAGCCCGAGAACCGAGAACCGGACGGGGCGGCUCCCGAGGCGGCCUCCAAGGACCGCGGUGCGGAGGCCGCCCCGGAGGCGCGCUCCGCGGAAGCCCCUGCCGACGGUCCCGGAGCCCGGGCGUCCGUGCCCCCGGCCGAGGGGCUGGUGAACGGGGCGGGGGCGCCGGGCGCCGGGGGCGGCGUGAGGCUGCGGCGGCCGUCGGUCAACGGGGAGGCCGGGCCGGUGCCCCCGCCCCGCGCGCACGGCUCCUUCUCCCACGUGCGCGACGCCGACCUGCUGAAGAAGAGGCGCUCGCGGCUGCGGAACAGCAACUCCUUCUCGGUGGAAGACCCGGACGCGGGGGCCGCCGGGGCCGCGGCUGCGGAAGGCCUGGGCCCUGACCCCAGCCCUGCCCCUGGCCCAUCUACAACCACAGCCCCACAGCAGCCCCCUGGUGGGAGUUCCCCACCGGAGGAGCCACCCCCAAGUCCAGGGGACGAGGCUGGGCUGCAACGGUUCCAGGACACAAGUCAGUACGUGUGCGCAGAGCUGCAGGCCCUGGAACAGGAGCAGAGACAGAUAGAUGGGCGGGCAGCGGAGGUGGAGACACAGCUGAGGAGCCUUAUGGAGUCAGGUGCCAACAGGUUGCAGGAGGAGGUGCUGAUCCAGGAGUGGUUCACAUUGGUCAACAAGAAGAAUGCUCUCAUCCGCAGGCAGGACCAGCUGCAGCUGCUUAUCGAGGAGCAAGACCUGGAGCGGAGGUUCGAGCUGCUGAGCCGGGAGCUACGGGCGAUGCUAGCUAUCGAAGACUGGCUGAAAACGGCCGCGCAGCAACGCCGAGAGCAGCUUCUGCUGGAGGAGCUGGUGUCGCUGGUGAACCAGCGGGAUGAGUUGGUCCGGGACCUGGACCACAAAGAGCGGAUCGCCCUGGAGGAGGACGAGCGCCUGGAACGCGGCCUGGAGCAGCGGCGCCGCAAGCUGAGCCGGCAGCUGAGCCGGCGCGAGCGCUGUUCGCUGAGCUGAGGCCUCAACCACUCGGACCGCAGGCUUUCUCGCUGCCGCGCCGGGUCGCCGCCCCGGACUAGCGCUGCGGAGGACCCGGGCCGCACGGACGCGGCGCGCCGCCCGUAGGGGCCGCCGUCGCCCCCGUGUGGGGGGAAGAAGGGCGGCCUCUGGGGGCCCGACAGACAGGAGCGGCUGGACGGCCGUGCCGUCCGGGCCGUAUUUAUUUGUCCGUGUGAGUGUGUGUGCGUGUGUUCGCGGGGCCUGGGGGUCCCAGGAGCACCCCUACAGAACCCCUCCCCGAUGGCAGGGCCCGGGCCGGCCAGCGGGGGGACAGGGAUGGCCGGUGAGCCGCUGCGCCCCCGCCCUCCCCCCUUUCCUGAUCUUCGCGAGCAAUAAAGUUGGACGAGGCCACUCCAGGCCUGCCUUUCUCA